AUAACCCGGAUGAGGCUGAGCUGUAGCUGGAGAGGAGAAAGAGCAGGAUCAGCUGAACUACAGAAGAAAUGAAAAUAUUCUCCUGAAAUUCAUCACCGACAACCAGGAUAUUUAUCAAAGUGCAAUGUUAAACUGCUGAAAGAGGUGAAGCACAAGCCAUCCUGAAGAAUCUCCAGAACACGCAGAAACAGUUUGCUGCAUUUACCAGAUAAAUGAAGCCAAGUCCCGACAUGGAGAAACAUCAGAACUCUGUCAAGAGUUUUACUAAACAGAGUAAUCUCAAAAUACACCAGCGCAUUCACACAGGAGACAAACCGUAUCACUGCUUAGACUGUGGGAAGAGUUUUAAUAGACCGGGGACUCUAAAACUGCAUCAGCGCAUUCACACAGGAGAGAAACCUUAUCACUGCUCAGACUGUGGAAGUAGUUUUACUCAACAGAUUCAUCUAAAACGACACCAGCUCAUUCACACAGGAGAAAAACCGUAUCACUGCUCAGACUGUGGAAAGAGUUUUACUAAACAGAGUCAUUUCAAAAUACACCAGCGCAUUCAUACUGGAGAGAAACCGUAUCACUGCACAGACUGUGGGAAGAGUUUUACUACACAGAGUGAUCUCAAAAAACACCAGCGCAUUCACACAGGAGAGAAACCGUAUCACUGCUCAAACUGUGGGAAGAGAUUUACUGAACACAAUAAACUCAAAAUACACCAGCGCAUUCACACAGGAGAGAAACCGUAUCACUGCACAGACUGCGGGAAGAGUUUUACUGAACACAGUAAACUCAAAAUACACCAGCGCAUUCACACAGGAGAGAAACCGUAUCACUGCACAGACUGUGGGAAGAGAUUUACUGAACAGAGUAAUCUCAAAAAACACCAGCGCAUUCACACAGGAGAGAAACCGUAUCACUGCUCAGACUGCGGGAAGAGUUUUACUGAACACAGUAAACUAAAAAAACACCAGCGCAUUCACACAGGAUAGAAACUCCAUCUCAAAUCAGUUUGAAGGCAAUUAAAAGCGCAAAUCGUAAAUCUUUCGGACAGAACACCUUAUCCUACACAAAUGUUUCACUUUGUCACUUGGGACACGUUCCACCAGAAACAAACAUGAACUGAAUUUAACAAUGGAAUUUACAGAUUCAGCAAAAUGAACCUUAUUCAGGGAUAAUGUUUUUUGAAUUCCAUGUUAUGUUUUCCUGUAUGUUUGAUAUUCCAGGACAUUCUCCGUGAGACAGAGCUCAGUUUUUAGGGUAGUUACAGUAGGAGUUCAGUGCUGAAGAAGGGAAGGUCGUACGAAGUUUGAGCGAGGGCACUGCCAGUGUUUGCUCCAGAUGUUAGAUUAGCAUAACUUAGUCUUUAAAAAUGUAAAUGUUGUAGUUGUUAGGAGUGGAGAAGAAAUCUUAGCCUGCAACUAACAGGGUUCGUACGGGUGCUUGAAAUCCUGGAAAAUGCUUGAAUUUUAACAUUCUGUUUUCCAGGCCUGGAAAGUGCUGGAAUUUUGGAGAAAAUGCUUGAACGUGCUUGAUUUUUUUUACUGCAUUUACAUUACAACAAAUAACUGUCUGACUAAAUAAGUUCACUUAAAGAAAAAAAUUGAAGUUUAUAAAAUAACUUCGUAAAAUAAAGGCUUCGUUCACGCCUCCACGUAUGUGAGACUAAAAGUCCAGUUCUUUCUCGUAAUCCAAGAGGAGUUGACUUACAAGAAGUUAGCUCUGUUUUUUAAAACACGGACAGCAGGAGAGUUAGCUAGCUAUGCUAAAAGCCAAGCUUUGAAUUUAUCUAAAUAAUAAUAUUAAUAAUCCAGGUUACACCUAUAAUAUACUAUUAGGCUAAACCCAGCCGGGCACUGUUAACAUGGUGUCACCAUCCUCCAACGAGCUGCUGUUGGGUCCGCUUCAGUGCCGUGAAACGAGCCGAUUUAGCUAUGCUUAAAGCCAAAAGCCGGGUUAACGGUGCUGGCGAGCGAGUCAUUCCAGCCACUGAAGCCGCGAUACAAGCCCCGGAGAUCGGCUUGUUUCAAGCACUGAAUCCGGGCAAGCAGCCCCAGGUGUUCUGUCGAGUUCUGCUAAUCAAAACUAUUUUCUUUUUUAUUUAAGAUAUUGUAACAAAACAUUGUCGGAUAUCUGGCUCAUGGUUUGAAAAUUUGGCAUCGCCUUGGAAGGAUUGGAGCAGGUUUUGAGCUCGAACAGUGGAUCCUGCCUCAAACAAUUACAAUGCCAGAACAUUAACAAAAAUAGUAGAGAGCGGCACUAACUCACUUGGUUAAAGAAUGAAAACACCGGCCAGUUAAGUAUUGAACAAAAAGUGCAAAGAUGAUCCUCGAUUGCGAGAGUCUUCAAGAUUUUUACAUUACAACUAAAACUUUGCCCUAUGAUCGAUCAGGAGUUGGUGAACACUCAGGACUUUUGUUGCUCUGUGCUCCAGGGGGGUAUGAUCAACUGCCUGAAUCCUGGUAAUCCAAGAAUGGUAUUGUUGUAGAAAAGAAAAUGAAAGGUGGGCUACCCCCACCUCUCGUCCGGGGUAAAACUCCCCUGCGUAUUCGUUUGAUAGAGAGAGUCAGACAGGUGGAGUGAAGUUGAAAGCAAACCAAGUAUUUAUUACAAAGUGCUGAAUAUUCAGGAGAACCCACACAUGAAAAGACCGUCUAACAGCCGUCCCAGCAUAAGUUCUGACCCCCCUCUGAUCUGACUCCAUGUUUUAUACCCCAAAUGACGUGAAACCUGCUGAUGAGGCGUUACUAACGAUUAGCUCAUGUUAAUAUGCAUAAUUUCACGUGUUAGUACUCAAGUUUCACGUGUCUGACUGGACCACUAGUGUUUGACCUUGACUGUGUUCUUCCAGAAUGGAACAUCAUGGCACUAUCUGUGUGUGCGCGUCACCCCCCACUUUGAAGCAGAGGUUUUAGGGAGGCACUCACUCACCAAAAGGCCGCUUUGAUCUAAUAGCCUUUUCUGUAGCAAUUUAGCCCCGUACCAGUCGAGUUGAUGACCGUUAGUUAGGGUCAUGCAGUAAACAAAAUACUUCAAGCCUGAGCUACAUCUCAUAUGUUAUAUGUUAAUGUGUUAGUAACGCGUGGUUAGUCCGCCAUAUACUAAAUCCUAUGUGUUAGUAAAUGCCUUAUGUAUCAUGUGGGUUAAUUUGUCAUAAUAGAAUCUGUGUUAGUCACAUGCUUGAUCAAACAGUGUUUUACUAUAAAGAAUAUAUUGUGAUUAUUGGUUAAUCUUUUAUAUAAAUGCGUGUAAAAUACAAUGUGAGUAUUGGUUAUGCAUAUUGAAUACAAGGUUUCACACAAUGAUUAUGUCAUUAUAGAUACUAAGAUAAGUAAUCAUAACUGAAAGAUAUUUGUCAAUGAACCCCACGUAUAGUAAACCGUUACUCCUCAGUAUGUAAUCGCUUGUUAGAAAUGCGGUGAAGAUUACGUGGAUACUGAAUCCGGCUACGCACCCUAGGCUGAACUGGGGUGUCAGGGAGAGGGCUCGAGUGAUAGCAUCCUUUAGUACAUGUGCAGAUAAGGCCCCUGGGCGGCUUCUUCCUCUGACAUGUCCAACAGUUGUCAUCCUCAAGUCCAGUGGCAUUCCCCACACGAGUAAGACACCCUCUGUGUAUUGUGAGGGGAUAUUCUUGCAACGGGUUCAACUUGCUGGUGUCGGAGAUGUAUGCAUGUGCAGUGGUGAUCAUCUCAUUUGCCCCCAGUAAGCGUCACACGAGUCCCGAUGAGUCGCCUACCGCUGUCAUCUUGAUCAUUUCUACUGCCCCUGCAUAAUGCAUGACAGUGUACUGUGUCUACAAUGUAAUUAUGAAAUUUCUCGGUGUUCUGCGAAGUAUGUACUGUGUCUUGUUGAUUAUCGAGUUUGGGGUUAAUCGAUGCAAGUAUGGUGACUUGUAAUAAAUCCAGGUAAGAUUGUACAAUGCACCCGGGAAAAAAAAAACUAAAUCAUCAGGAAAAUACUACAGGUGGAUAACCCAGGUCCAGAGAGUAAAAAUACAUCCCAGGUUUUUUUUUUAUCUGCAGCAGAGCCGCUCAGGGGGUUGGUACAAAGCCCUUGGGUGGCAUUUUUACUUUCUGGACCUGGGUUACCCACCUCUACAUUUUCACUAAAAAAAUUGAUUUAAAGUUAUUUGCCUAGUAAUCUUUUGUGCCUCAGUUUUAUUUUUGACCCAAUAAAGUUGGAUAGCAAGCAAACUCUAUAGACAGGUGAUAUAUUUUUAAUCAUAAAACAUUUGAUUAAAUCUCUUCUCCUUCUGCUAUUAUUAUAAACAUAGUAGUCACACUCUUGCAGUGUGACACAAAGCAAAUCAAUAAUUUUGAGUGUAUUUACAGGGAAACAUCGCGAUGGACGAUGAUAUCGUGGGGGGUGGGUGUUGAUUAGAAAUAACUAAAAACUGAUUUACUAUAUUUUACUUAUAUUUACUACAUAUUUACUAUAGACGAAUAAAAUAUAUACGCAGAAAAGGAAAAAUAGGACACUUCAAAAAGAUCAUUAAACUGGAUACAUAAAAAAUAAAGAAUGUAUAUCUUUUUAAUCAAUAAAAUAUUUCAGAUGAAUAAAACAAUAAUUAAUAUAAAAUAAAAACUCAUUUAAAACACAAUCAAAGGCUUUCUGAUAGUGUGCAGGAUAAUAAAAUUUCAGUUUCAGUUAGUUUCAGUUUCAAGUCAUUGAAACAGCUCAUCAAAACCUCUCAACCUUUCCUUUAUAUUUGACAAUAUUCGAUUAACUUUACAGGUCCUUACUCAUCUUCAUUUAUUUAACCAAACUAAGUUUUAUAAUAUUGUAUUAUAUUAUUUAUAUUAUUAUUGUAGUCUGGCGCUAGUUGUAUUCCUGGUGUAUAUUAUUUGAUUAGAUCGGGAUUAUAUAUGUUUUUGGUGCGGACAGCGCGACAGAUUUAACUAUUCCCUUAUAAUUUAUCAUCAUCAUCUCAUAGUCAGCGGGCCGGUUGUGGCUCGAGGGCCUUACAAUGCCCAGGUCUGCUUUAGAAGCAUGUCCCACCACAGCCUGGUCACGAAUGCCUUUAAUUCCCACGGCUCUUUUUCCACGAAAAGAGACUUCAACUCUGUCAAACUGCAUCAACCAACCAAUGAAGUCAUUAAUAUGCCUUUCAGUUCACAAUAAUGGGCAAGACUUGGUCACCAAUGUGGAAGGACUGCUGCUCACCAAGUGCAUCCACUAUAUAUGUAUAUUUGGUAUAUUUAGUAUAUAUUUUAUUUAAAAAAAAACAAGACAUUCAAAAUAUGUACAUGAUAAACAGAUGUGGCAGUCUUGAAAAGAGGGCAGACUGUUGCAGACCAGAAAUAUAUAGAAAAGUUGAAACUUUGUAUUGUAAAGUAAACAAAAAAAAAUACAA